AUGCUGUGUCGCCAACACCUUUCACGGCAGCUUGCUGUAAGAGGUUCGUCGAGAUAUGCGCUGCGAGCGCGCUUGCCUACCCUCUCUCGACUAUACUCGAUAAACACACCUGGCCGGCCGAGCGACACCCGACUCGCGUGCUCGAGACCCCCAAUAGCUCUAAGCAGCGCUGCUCCGUCCAAUGCAAGCUUUUCGACCUCUGCGAGCAGAGGCAAAGAGAAGGACAAGGACAACAAAUUCUUCGAUGCCGCAGCCGAACCGACCGAGCCGUUGUCUGACGAAGAGGCAAAAGCAAAUCUCGAGAAAAAGACCGAAGACAUCGAGAAGGACGUCAGCGAAACGAAAACCUCUAGUGCUGAAUCACCACCCUCGGGUAACCAAGGGCAGGGAGAUGCUCAAGAUGGCAAAGCAAGCAGUGCGCUGGGUGGUGCAUCCUCUGGGUCAGGCAACGACGCGCCUGGUGACGGAGGCAGGAGAGGCCGUAAACCUGGCGCGGAUAAGGCGCUGCAAAAACCUGUCGUGCCCGAUGUAUACCCACAGGUCAUGGCGAUACCUAUAGCGAAGCGACCGUUGUUUCCCGGGUUUUACAAGGCUAUCACCAUAAAGGACCCCCAGGUUUCGGCAGCAAUUAUGGAGAUGAUCAAGAGGGGGCAACCAUACGUCGGCGCAUUCUUGUUCAAGGACGAGAACGCCGACGAGGAUGUAAUCAGGGAUCCGAAUGAUGUCUACGACACUGGUGUCUUUGCGCAAGUCACCAGUGCCUUUCCCGUACACAGCGAACCGAACAGCCUCACAGCUAUCUUAUACCCCCAUCGACGGAUCAAGCUCUCUACCCUGAUCCCUCCCGCAGCACCCGAGUCGAAGAAGACCGAGCCCGAGCCGGAACCCGUUCCGGAGCCCAUACCGAUCAAGACGGAAGAAGAGACGCAGCUAGAGAAGAAAGGCGACGUUGUUGCGAGUUUCGAGGAGGGUACUGUGGCUGCGAAGUCAGACGCGGCCCCCGAAAAGUAUGAGCCGACGUCUUUCCUGCGCAAAUAUGCCGUUAGCCUGGUCAACGUAGACAACCUCACCGAAGAGCCGUUCGACCCCAAAAGCCCCGUUGUUCGAGCGGUGACAAAUGAGAUUGUCAACGUGUUCAAGGAGGUCGCUGCGAUGAACAGCUUGUUCCGAGACCAGAUAUCGACCUUUUCCAUGAGUCAAUCAUCUGGCAAUGUUAUGGCAGAGCCGUCCAAGUUGGCAGACUUCGCAGCAGCAGUGUCAGCCGGAGAGCCUGUUGAGCUCCAGGAAGUUCUUUCUAGUCUCAAUGUCGAAGACCGCUUGCAAAAAGCUCUCGUCGUAUUGAAGAAGGAGCUCAUGAAUGCGCAGCUGCAGUCCAAGAUCACCAAGGACGUCGAGCAGAAGAUCACGAAACGACAACGCGAGUACUGGUUGAUGGAGCAGAUGAAGGGAAUCCGUCGAGAGCUGGGUAUCGAGUCUGACGGAAAAGAUAAGCUUGUCGAGAAGUUCAAGGAGAAGGCCGACGAACUGGCCAUGCCAGAGGCGGUCCGAAGAGUGUUCGAUGACGAGAUUAACAAACUCGCUCAUCUUGAGCCAGCUGCUUCCGAGUUCAACGUCACAAGAAACUACCUGGAUUGGUUGACGCAAAUCCCUUGGGGUCAGAGAAGUGCGGAAAACUUUGGAAUCCAGAAUGCCAUGACGGUUCUGGACGAGGACCAUUAUGGCCUGAAAGACGUGAAGGAUCGCAUCUUGGAGUUCAUCGCGGUCGGCAAACUCCGUGGUACAGUUGAAGGCAAGAUUAUAUGUUUUGUCGGACCCCCCGGUGUCGGCAAGACAAGUAUCGGCAAGUCAAUCGCCAGAGCCUUGAACCGACAGUAUUACAGAUUCAGCGUCGGGGGUCUUACAGAUGUUGCCGAGAUCAAGGGUCACCGUCGAACCUACGUCGGCGCACUUCCCGGACGAGUCAUUCAAGCUCUGAAGAAAUGCCAAACCGAGAAUCCUCUGAUCUUGAUAGAUGAAGUUGACAAGAUCGGGCGUGGUUAUCAAGGAGACCCUUCAUCUGCUCUGCUGGAACUACUGGACCCGGAGCAGAAUAACUCUUUCCUGGACCAUUACAUGGAUGUUCCUGUCGACCUUUCCAAAGUUCUGUUUGUUUGCACAGCGAACAUGACGGACACUAUUCCUCGACCUCUGCUUGACCGUAUGGAGGUCAUCAGACUUUCCGGUUACGUAUCCGAUGAAAAGAAGGCGAUCGCGGAUCGAUAUCUGGCCCCAGCAGCGAAGGAACUCGCAGGACUGAAGGAUGCGGAUGUCUCAUUAUCAGACCAAGCUAUCGAGGAGCUCAUCAAGUCGUACUGCCGAGAGUCUGGCGUUCGGAACCUGAAGAAACAAAUCGAAAAGGUCUACCGCAAGUCAGCUCUGAAGAUCGUUCAAGAUCUCGGAGAAGAGGUCUUACCAGAGUCCGAAGCACUUACCGAGGAUGGCAAGGCAGCCAUGGAAGAGUCAGAGAACGAGAAGCAGAAGAAGGACCCUACUUAUCCAGAGGCAUCCGAGAAGGAAACCACAGAGAAGCCACGUGUUGCCUUGAAGGUUCCCGAUUCGGUCCAUGUGGUGAUCGAUCAAGAGAACCUCAAAGACUACGUCGGUCCUCCCAUCUUCACCUCUGAUCGCUUGUACGACAUAACACCACCUGGAGUUUCCAUGGGUCUAGCCUGGACCCAAAUGGGUGGCUCUGCGAUGUACAUCGAAUCCAUCCUGCAGUCUGCUCUACGUCCCAGCAGUCGCGCCGGCUUGGAAAUAACCGGUAACCUGAAGACAGUAAUGAAGGAGUCAUCUACGAUCGCCUACUCUUUUGCCAAGGCAUACAUGGCUAAUGAGUUUGCUGACAACCACUUCUUCGACAAGGCGAAGAUUCACCUACACGUACCCGAGGGGGCAGUGCAGAAGGAUGGUCCGUCAGCUGGCGUGACUAUGGCUACCUCUCUUCUGUCGUUGGCAUUGGACACCCCAGUUGACCCCACAAUCGCCAUGACUGGUGAACUCACCCUGACCGGCAAGGUCCUCAGGAUAGGUGGCUUGAGGGAGAAGACUGUAGCAGCAAGGCGUGCUGGGUGCAAGAAGAUCAUCUUCCCGGAUGACAACAUGUCCGACUGGCUGGAGCUCCCCGAGAACAUCAAAGAAGGCCUUGAGGGCUACCCAGCCAACUGGUACAAGGACAUAUUCCAUCUCGUCUUCCCCAAUCUGGAUAUGGAGCAGGCAAAGCGAUGCAAAAUCUGCGAAUGGAAGAAGGAGCAUGACACGAAGAAGGAGGAUGACGCAAAGACGGAGAGCGACAAAGACGAAUAG